AUGGGAGGAGGGGGAGCAGGGAAGCGCAAGACCCGCGCCGCGGGCGAGGAGGGCGUCGACGCGGAUGACGACCCGGAGAAUCUCGCGCUGCAGGUGGUGGCGCAGAAGCCCAAGACCGUGGACGACCGCGCGGUGUCGAUCGUCGGCGUGCCCUCGCAGCAGCCCCAUCCGAAGCCAGGCAUGAACCGCACGUCCUCGCUCGACGCGCCCAUCAUGCUGCUGGAGGGACACGGGGACGCGGUCAACUCCAUCAAGUUCUCACCGGACGGCGCGACGGUGGCGUCGUGCGGCGCGGAUAAGACGGUGCUCAUGUGGAACGUCCGCGGCGACUGCGAGAACUACAUGAUGAUGCAGGGUCACAAGAACUCGGUGCUGGAGCUGCACUGGACCGCGGACGGCGAUAACAUCCUCACGUGCUCGCCGGACAAGACCCUGAGGCUCUGGGACGCCACCACGGGCGAGUCCGUGAAGUGCAUGAAGGGGCACCAAUCCUUCGUCAACGCGUGUUCGGCGGCGCCCAAGGGGAAACCGCUGUGCGUGUCGGGCUCCGACGACGGGACCGCGAAGUUGUGGGACUUCAGGCGCAAGGGUGAGGUUGCGACGUUCGCGGACAGGUUCCAGGUGACGGCGGUGGCGUUCGACGCGGAGGGUGACAGGUUUUUCAGCGGCGGCCUCGACAACGUCUUAAAGUGCUGGGACAUUCGCAACGACGCCGAGCCUUACAUGGUCCUCCCGGGGCACACCGACACCAUCACGGGCAUCGCCGUCGCGCCCGACGGGUCGCACGUGCUCACCAACGCGAUGGACUGCACGCUGCGCGCGUGGGACGUUCGAUCGUACGCUCCGGAGGAUAGGUGCGUGAAGUAUUUCGUCGGACACCAGCACAACUUCGAGAAGGGGAUGCUCAAGUGCGGCUGGUCGCCCGACGGCGCGAAGGUGACCGCGGGGAGCGCGUGCAGGAACGUGUUCGUGUGGGACUUCGACAGCAGGCGGGUGCUGUACAAGCUGCCGGGUCACGAGGGGGCGGUGAACGAGGUUACGUUUCACCCGACGGAGCCGAUCAUCGGAAGCGCCGGAUCCGACGGGAAGAUCUACCUCGGCGAACUCGCAGAUUGAGCUCCCGUCACGUCUCCGUCGCCCUACUUACUGACGUCAUCGCGCGCGUGCGUAGUGCACCAACCAGGGAGAAACUUUUUUACACGAGAAAUCAAACUCUAGACGCGAA